CGUUCUCAGAACGCUUCUGGCGGAUAGACACAGAAUCUGGGCUCAAGCGCAGAUUCUGUUGCUUGCUAGCGCUGCAGUAGCCUCGAAGAAGUUUAGAAAUGGCGCAGAUUGCCGUCAGCCGCUGUGUGGGUAACAUUGCUGCUCCUUUCGCUAGGCAGGACGUGUUAUCUGGUCCUCAGCAGCUUUUUUCAGGACACACAGGUUCGUUGCAGUCUGAGUUUUUGAGGAGCGACGUUAGGAACUCGUUGUCCGCAACCAGUCUGGGCGCCCCACCAAGAGGGGUCUACAGAAGGGACCUCCCUGUGCCCCCCUCUGUUGGGGCCCGCUGUGCCGGCUCCAACGGUUCCGCAAAUGGCGCCUCUAACACCGUCCCCCCAGCGUGGCCCGGCAGGGCGACCGCUCCUCACAACCCCUGGAACUGGGAAACACAGGGCCCCAAGCCAAUCUCGCUUGUCGGCUCCACCGGCUCAAUUGGAACGCAGACCCUGGACAUCGCUCGGGAGCACCCCGACAAAUUCAAGGUAGUAGCAAUUGCAGCAGGGUCCAACGUCACCCUGCUCGCUGAACAGGUGCGUGAAUUCAAGCCUAGCCUGGUGGCCAUCCGAGAUGCGGCCAUGGUCCCUGAGUUGAAGGAGCUGAUCAAAGACGUGCAGCCUCAACCGGAGAUCAUGACUGGGGAGCAGGGCACCGUGGAGGUUGCCCGGCACAAGGAUGCUGUCACGGUGGUGACAGGGAUCGUGGGGUGUGCGGGGCUCAAGCCGACGGUAGCUGCUAUUGAGGCCGGGAAGGACAUUGCCUUAGCGAACAAGGAAACGCUGAUCGCUGGGGCGCCCUACGUGUUGCCGCUCGCUAGGAAGUAUGGGGUCAACAUCCUGCCCGCAGACUCAGAGCACUCUGCACUCUUCCAGUGCAUACAAGGCCUUCCAGAGGGCGGCCUACGUCGGAUUAUCCUGACUGCUUCGGGAGGUGCCUUCAGGGACUGGCCCGUGGAGAAGCUGGCGACGGUGCGCGUGGAGGACGCGAUCAAGCACCCCAACUGGAGCAUGGGCAAGAAGAUCACGGUCGACUCGGCGACGCUCAUGAACAAGGGCCUGGAGGUCAUCGAGGCGCACUACCUGUUUGGCGCAGACUAUGACGACAUCGAGAUCGUCAUCCACCCGCAGAGCAUCAUCCACUCCAUGGUCGAGACGCAGGACUCGUCGGUGCUGGCCCAGCUGGGGUGGCCCGACAUGCGGCUACCCAUCCUGUACACGCUCUCGUGGCCGGAGCGCGUCCCGACCAGCGAGCAGACGUGGCCGCGCCUGGACUUCAUCAAGAUGGGCGACCUCACGUUCAGGAAGCCGGACCACGCCAAGUACCCCUCCAUGAAGCUCGCCUACGCCGCAGGCCGGGCGGGCGGCACCAUGACCGGCGUGCUCAGCGCGGCCAACGAGAGGGCCGUCGAGCUGUUCCUUGACGAAAGGAUACAAUAUCUGGACAUUGCCAAGGUGAUCGAGAAGACUUGCGAGAAGCAUCAAGACGACCUCGUUUUGCGACCUGAUCUUGAGGAGAUAGUGCAUUACGACCUGUGGGCUAGGGACUACGUGUCUGAAAUCGUUGGUAAAGGGGCCACUGUGUUGGCCUAGGUUUUGUUUGCUAAUGUCUGAUUAUGUCCUUUUCAUCAUUCUACAUACCGACGGUGACUG